AUGAAGAACAAAUUUUCAAAACGAUCAAUUUCUAAUAAACAAUCUCAUCAUCAUUCAUAUCAAACACAAAUCAAACGUUUAUCGACACCAAUCGAUUAUGUUAGAACUAAAACACCUAAUCAAUGUGAUUUAAGCAUAGAAACUGUACCUUUCGAUUCUUCUACAUCAUGUUUAAAACCAAAUAUACCAUUGAAAAGUCAAAAAAUACUUAAACGUGAUUUAUUACGUUGUAGUAAUCAACGUCCAUCAUUUCUCGGUCCACAAACAUUACAAACACCUCGUAUUCAUCAUGGAUUUCAACAAAUUCAUUCUGUAGCAUUAUCAUCAACAGCAUCAUCCUCCUCCUCCUCCUCCUCAUCAUCAUUCGUUGAUCAUCAUAAUGUACCACGUCGUCGUUCAUUAUCAUUGAAUUCUCAUAUAUAUUAUCCAACAAUUAAUCGUAUUGGUCCAUGGCCAGAUAUAUCAAUAAAUCGUCUCAUCACUGAUGAUAAUGAUUUAUCACAACCAAUAAAAAAAUUUCGUAAUAUUAAAAAUUCUCAUGUUUUUUCUCUAAAAUCUUUAUCAUCAUUAACUGAUAAUACAGGACCAUUUAAAUUAUAUCCCUCAAAACAUACUUAUAUUGAAGAAUAUCGUAAAAAUAAAGGUUAUAUAUUAAAUCUAAAUCGAAAAUUACAACAUAGAUCUUUAUCAUUAUCAUCAUCAUCAUCAACAGAAUCACAAGAUUCAGAUGAUGAUCAAUUAUCUAUGGUUGGUACAUAUAGUAGUGAUACUGAAAAUAAUACAAUUCUAGAAGAAACUAUUUUAUCAACAACUAAUCUAUCAACAAUGACACGAACAAUUAUGAAAUCAAAUGAUGAUAUUAUUGAUAAUACAAAUCGAUUACCAUUAAUAUCAUCUGUUAUAAAUCAAUUAAGUGUACUUCCAUCUAUGCCAAUGAGAAAUUCGAAUUAUUUUCGAGCAAGUCGUCGUACAAAACAUCAUCCAAAUCUAACAUUACCAGCAUUAACACAUUCAUCAAUUGGAUUUUUAAAUAGUAUGAAUACAGUUGAAAAACUCUAUGGUAAUCAUAAGAAAAUUUCGACAGAAAAUCAAUCAAAAUUAUUUUUUAUGAAUGAACGACCAAAGAAAAGGUAUUUGAAUUAG